AUGCCUACAGAGUGCACAAAUUGUCACGACUCUAUAAUUCAUGAUGAAGAUUCAAUUGUUUGCUCCACGUGUACUAGCGUCUUUCACUUUUUCUGUGCUGGUUAUAAUGAAAAUGCUUUUAAAAAACUUUCAAACAAUUCUAAAAUGAGAUUUGUCUGCAAUAAGUGUAAAACAAUUGGUUCUGGUAAUAAAUCUAAGCUACCUGACAAAAUAAAUGAUGAAAAUGUUAUAUCGAAAAAAAAACUUGAAGAAUUAAUUACUUCGGUAAACUUCAUGGGAAAUCAAUUUGACGAUUUUAGCAUCCCAAAAACUGUAAAUGAAAAUUGGUGUGACAUCGUUCAAGUCAUCGCUAAAAAAUCCAAUUCUAAUAUAAUGAUAAAAUCUGCCUACCGAAUUCAUUCGUCUGAUAAUAAAACAAACAUCAUAGUUGCUGAACUUGAAACUUCUGAUAUGAGGAAAGAUUUUCUUAGUAAAGUAAAAUCAUUGAGAUUGAAUGCUAAUAUGAUUCAUAAUAGCUGGUCAACGGACUCAAAAAUCUAUGUAAAUGAAAGGCUCACCAAGAAUAGAAGAACAUUGUUUUCAAAAACCAGACUGGCUUGCAAGGAAAAACGGUACAAAUAUGUUUGGGUUAAUAACGCGGAAAUACUAGUUAAAAAGGAUGAUGGUGAGAAAACUCUAAGAAUCAAGUCUGACAAGGAUAUAAAGAAGUUGUAA